AUGAGUGUCAAGGUCAUCGGUUUUGAAAGACUUAAGGAGGAUUACGAGGCAUGUCCCGAUCUCAAAGAUAUCUUUCUUGAUAUACAAAGGGGACAAUUAGGCACCACAGAUGGCUUCCGACUUGAGGAGGGUUAUCUCUUUAGGGCCAAUAAAUUGUGCAUCCCUCGAACUUCAGUGCGAGAUUUCAUUGCGUGGAAAAUUCAUGUGGGAGGGUUAGCCGAUCAUUUUGGACGUGAUAAGACCAUAGAGGAAGUUGAACGUCAAUUCUAUUGGCCUAGCUUGAAGAAAGACGUGGCUAAGAUUGUUAGCACUUGUCAAUUGAGUAAGCAGAAGAAGCAGAACACAGGUCUAUACACCCCUCUUCCUGUCCCUAAUUGUCCUUUACAAGAU